AUGAGACUACCAGCCAUCUCUACAGCCUCCACACAUGUGUGCGUUCCUCACGGCGCACUUCCUGUCCGGCAGAGCCGCUGCCUGCUGGUCACCCCCGUGACAUUUCCCAGCAUCACAGACUCGGCCCGGCUGUGGACGAGCUGUCAGAAUAUUCCAAGACUGAACCCUUUGCAUCCACCUUUGGUCCAUAAACGCAUCGUCAGUCUGGAGACGCCUGCUGUUCACCACCACAACCACCAGAGGUCACUGACGAUGCAGAGGAGAGAGCACCACAGGUAUCAUCAAGUGUGGCGAAAACCUUUCUACGGAACCAGCAGUGAGAGAGAAGAGUACAGGAAGGAGAUGCGCGAGCAGUUAAUGAGGCAGAUGGAGGAGAAAGGCGUCGCACUGAAGCUGCAGCUGGCCAGCAAGGCGGAGGACGCCGAGCAUCUCCGAGAGGUGGACCGCCUCGCCCUCUCCGGUGAGAGAGAGCGAAGGAUCCAGCACAGCAAAGCAAUGACGGCCUACAGAGACGAGAACAAGAGGCUAAUGGAGCAGAGCUGGAGGGAUAGAGCACUAACGCGCUCCCAGGAGAGCCUAAAGGAGAGAGAGCUGCUGUGCCUCAACCCCAUUAACUGGACUGGAACGCUCAAAUAGGACGAGCCUCGACAGCCGGAGUCCAAAGUCUGGGUUUCACUCCUCGCCGUACAGCGUCGGAUGGAACUGGGAUGUUUGGCACAUGUAAUUAGUGCCGUCUGAGCUCAUUAAAAAGGGACUUUUGUAAACUGGGAAGAAGCGGUUGAAACUGUCCAGCAACCCUUUGAGUAUACGAGAAUGCUGAUGCAUCUCCCAUCUUACACUGCACUCCUAAACUAGUCAGACAGCUGACUGUUCUUUUUCUUUAGUAUCAAAACAAUGCAGCAGUCAUUUUUUAAAAUUAUUUUUGUGCCUAUUCCUCGUCAAAAUCUGGUGCCUACAUUACCCACAAUGCAACAUUUCUGUUAUGCCAGUCAUGAGGAGGUCUGGUGAACUCGCUUCCUUGUAACUCCUAUUUCUUUUUAAUUUUCAAACUUGUAGUCUUUUUAAAAAAAAAAACAGAUUUCAUGCAGCUCUCUCUGUGGCCACGACAUACUUUAUACUAUUAAUUUAACUAUUUUCACGUGUGGAGAAGUAUUCACAAAGACCUGUAAACUGACUG